AUGGCACCCAGUGUUGAUUGUGCAGUAUCAAGCCUUCUUUGUGCAGAAGAUAACAAUAGCAUUUUUUAUGAUGAUGAUGAUGUUGAUAUUGGGGUUUUUGAGGAGUUCGAUGAUAAAUGGAAUAACAGAAAUAGUAGAAUCAAUAAUCAAAACCAGAGCUUUAUUGGUGACCAGUGUUUUACUGGUUUGCCAAUACAGAGUGAUGAGUGCUUGGCUUUUAUGGUCAAAAGUGAAUGUGAACAUUUACCUGCUAUUGAUUACUUGAAAAGGCUGAAGAAUGGGGACUUGAACUUGGGGGCUAGAGAAGUGGCUGUUGAUUGGAUUCGAAAGGUUGUUGAUGGUCUUACGUUUAAUGCGCUUGCUUAUUUCAGUUUUGGACCUCUUUGUGCAUAUUUGUCUAUAAACUACAUGGAUCGGUUUCUUUCUGCCUAUGAAUCACCUAAGUGGAAGGCUUGGAUGAUGCAGUUGUUGGCCGUGGCCUGUUUGUCUCUGGCAGCCAAAAUGGAGGAGACUGAAGUUCCUCUAUGUCUAGAUUUACAGGUAGCUGAUUCGAAAUUUGUAUUUGAAGCUAGAACCAUACAGAGAAUGGAGCUUCUUGUAUUAAGCACAUUGAAGUGGAGAAUGCAAGCAGUCACCCCAUUCUCUUUCAUAGAUUAUUUCCUUAGAAAGAUAAAUAGUGAUCAGACCACUUCAAGCUCUUCAUUCUGUAGAUCAACACAACUCAUAAUGGCCACUAUAAAUGGGAUUGAGUUCUUGGAAUUCAAGCCUUCUGAGAUUGCAGCAGCAGUGGCAAUCUCUGUUUCAGGGGAAACUCAAACAAUAGACACUGAGAAAGCAUUAUCUGCUCUCACUCAUCAUGCAGAAGAGGAGAGAGUGCGUAAGUGUGUUGAACUGCUUCAUGAGUUAUCUUUGUUAAGUGGUUGUAUGAAAGUUUUAAAUGCUUCAAUCUCAUCACUGCCCCAAAGUCCAAUUGGUGUGCUGGAUGCUUCAUUCUUGAGCUACAAAACUGAUAAAACAACAGUUGGGUCAUGUGCAAGCUCUUCUCAUAAUAGUCCAGAUGCUAAAAGGAGGAAGCUAAACAGACCCUUUGAAGUGGAGCUUUAG